AACAAGAAGCCUAAGCAUAACUUCAGUUGACCAAUCAAUGUUUGAAAAAGCACAAGGAGAGAAAGUUACGUUGCCAUGUACUUUUGUACUCUCAGAAGAAGAUGAAGGCCCGCUAGAUAUUGAGUGGGUAUUGAUACCAGCAGAUAAUCAAAAGAAGGAACAAAUAAUAAUUAUGUAUGCUGUAGACAGGAUUUAUAAUCAUUAUUAUGCUGCUAUGACUGGGCGGAUGCAGUUUACUAAUCCUGAUCCUAGAUCUGGUGAUGGUUCAUUGGAUAUCCUGAAUUUAAAGUCAGCAGACACUGGCACAUACCAGUGCAAAGUGAAGAAGGCUCCUGGAGUUCAAAGCCAAAAAAUACAGUUGACUGUACUUGUAAAGCCAGCAAGAACUAAAUGUUCCAUUGAAGGAUCACAGGAGAUCGGAAAAGACGUUAUCUUGAAAUGUGCAUCACAAGAAGGAUCCCCACUGUUGUCUUAUGACUGGAGAAGAGUAUCUGGCACACAGGAACUUCCUGCCACUUCCAUACCGAAUAAAAAUACAGGGGAACUUCUUUUGAAAAAUGCCUCUCAAGACUAUUCUGGUACAUACAAUUGUGUUGCCUCAAACAGAGUUGGCACGGAUGAAUGUUCUGUUGAGCUGAAUGUCACCCCACCUAUAAAUACAGCUGGUAUAAUUGCUGGAGCUAUUAUAGGAACUCUGCUGGGUGUUUCUGUACUGGUUAUUCUUGUCUUCUGUUGCUGUAAGAAACAUAGAGAGAAGAAAUAUGAGAAAGAAGUACAUCAUGAUAUCAGGGAAGAUGUUCCACCUCCAAAAAGUCGCAGUUCAACAGCCCGCAGCUACAUAGGCAGCAAUCGUUCUUCUCUGGGUUCAAUGUCUCCCUCAAAUAUGGAAGGAUAUACCAAAACUUCAUAUAGCCAAGUCCCAAGUGAAGACUUUGAACGUACUCCUGGUCAAAACCCAACCUUUGCACCUUCAAAGUAUGACAUCGCACACAAGAUUGGUGACAUAACAGUGGUAUAAACAUGAAGAACCAGGCAUCAUUUUUUGCAUGAGUUUCAAGUCUGGUGAAACUGAAGUACAUUAUGAAAUGAAGUGCUGGUUUUUUACUUGAUCUCACUUUAGAUUCAAGAUUGUUAAGUAGGCUGUAUUCAGUUUUGUAAGUACCAAAUUUUCUCUUUUACGUGUUUUUAAUGCAAAGUUUACAAAGUGACUACCAACAUUUUUCUUGCUAGUUCUGUAUUUUGAAAAGUGUGCAUAAUCACUCCUCUCUGCCCCACCACCACAGAGAUUCAAAAGCUCGUGAGGUUAACAAAAUCAACUCAGGUAGUAGAAAAUACAGCCUUAAGCAGUGGGGCAUUGAAAGAGAUUGUAAUCCGAAACAGAGUAGUUUUGGGUUUUCCUAGCUUUCUGGUCUGCUGAUUUGAUAGGAAGUGUAUCAUCUAUUCAGUGCUGUAGUGAUACCAACGAGGUCUUAAAACCUGUGUGUGAAAUGUGCUGUAUUUUAAGACUGUAUAUAUUUUAUAACACUUAAUAAAACAUACUUGAACGUUACA